AAUAUAGAAACAGCAAAAAUUAUUACCCGGAAGAAGCAGGAUCACGUAAACAACAACCACGAACACACCCGAGAGAAGAUUUCCUGGCCCUAUGUGACCUCAGGCGAAGUUUCCCUGGAGCAAUGGCUCUCGCAACCCUGGCGAUGGGUUUAUUGUGAAAAAAUCGCAGGUUUUUAUUUCUCUGCAGUCAAUAUUGCUCGCAUUCGGGUGUCAGUCGCUCUCUCCAUGGAGCACCAACCUUAUUUCAAGAGUCUCAAGAGGUGAUACCAAUUGCCAUUUAUGCAUCAGAAAGUAUUUUGGAAGUUCCAACAAUGAAUCUAGAGAAACAUGACAUCCAAUCCUUUAGUUGUCAGACCAUUCCUGCAUCUUGUACAGGUGCUCUUCAAAGUAAACCUGUUCAUGGUCAUGAGACCUUAGUUGCUGAUGUUUUAUCAACCAGCUCUUCCAAUAAUGGCUGUAAUGAUCCUCAGCCACCAAUUAUUCUUUCUUCUGAUUUAUGUGAGCUUACUUCAAAAUAUGAAAGCGAAGCCUUGAUCAAAGUUGAUUCCAUGCUUGCUGAACCUUGCAGGUAUUUAGAAGGUGUUUCUGUGUUUGGUGUGGAUGAUGGGGAAGAAAGUAACCACCAUGGUCUUGUUGCUGAAGGAGUAGAAUUAGAUAAACCUAUGAAAAUAUUGAAGGAGAGCAGUGGAAGACACUCCAAGAAAUUAUUAGUGGAAAGUGACAGUGGAGACCAGUCCUUAAAAGGGGUGGUUUUACAAGGCAAUGAAGAAGAAUGCAAAGAUGCCAGGAUGAAUUUAUUAGACUCCUCACCUUUUCUUAUGAAUGAGGAAGGAGUGGUGUUCCAGUGUUUCCCAGUUUCUGAGAAGGAGGUCUUUAUUGUAAGUCUAGAGGAGGAUGCUUUACUUAUGAAUGAACCCCUAACUGAAGAUCCUCUGUCUAUUACAUCUGAUCACCCAUCUGAGAUAAAGUUAGGUGAUGCUGGGAAACAAGGUGGGGAAGUGGAUACAUUUGAUGGGGGAACACAAUAUUCUGUCCUUGGUACAUCUGAGGCCGACUCAUAUGUACAGAAUGUUCCAUCUUCUUCAUUUAUACCAAGUUCUUUUCAUGAACCUCAUGGGAAGUAUGAACCACAAGAUUCAAGACCUUUGUCAAGUGGAGUCCUUGAUACCUCAGCUGACUUAGUUUGUCAGUCAAAACCAUUACCAGCAAGCUUUGGCAACUGUGGUUUUGUGUCUGAAAAAGAGAAAGCCGCUCCACUUCCAAGAAAUGGUGAACACCAAGAAAAAGAAUUGAAAGUUACACAUGCAACAAUUUUUGCUAAUCCUCUUCCACCCCAUCCUCCUCGUAGAAUGAGGAAAGGUCUGUCUGACACUGGAGAAACUGCUAUAGAAUUAUACAGAUGUUCCAUUUGUAAGGAAGCUUUGCCAACCAGUGGUACACUUCGACAUCAUUUGAUAACCAGACAUGAACAGAGUAAUCUGGACUCUUUCAUGUGUUUUCUCUGUAAGCAAGAUUGUUGGAGUGCCAGUCAACAAGACUGGCAUCUUCGGAUUCAGCAUGGUAUCAGAAAUAAAGCACUGGCAUGUUUAGUUUGUGGCACUCAGUUUAAUACUCUUACCGAGCACAGAGCUCAUGUGCGCAAGCAUCCAUCCAACCUAACAUGUCCCAGUUGUCCUAAGAAAUUUGCUUCACAACACCAGCUGACUGCUCAUGUGAAACAACACUUGGAAGAACUUCAACCUUUCAGUUGUGAGCAAUGUGGGAUUCGCUUUUCUCAUUCUAAGGUAUUGGAGGCGCAUGGCUGGCGUCACAGAUCACAGGAUUGCCCUGAAGAAUCAUGUGACUAUGUUGCAGAGGAUGAGAGUUGGUUAUUGCAUCACCUUCAGGAUUAUCACAAGCAGAGUUCACAGUCUGCCCAUUCUUUAACAUCAUCUCGCAAUGCUGAUGAGUACAGGAUGGAUAUACUCUUAAUGAAAUAUUUUCAAAUACAAAAAAGCAGAUUAGAUGCCUCUCCUCAUGGCUCUCAACCUCAUAGAGCAAGCCAGGGCAAGGAUUCCACUUCAGCUUUAACUCCACCGUUCAUGUUAGAUGUGAAGGAACCUGAUGAGAUAGGUAUGAGUUUGUUGGAAGAUCCUACCCACUUCAGUAAGGAGGAAUCAAGAGAAGUGUCUUCACAGAUGCUUGGUGAUAUGGUAGAGGCAGUUGUGGUAAUAGAAGAAGAAGAAAAGAAAAAUGUCAAGAGAAAAGAAGAGGUUCUUCGUAAAGUCUUUGAUGGAGGAACAUCAUCUUACCGUUGUGGGCUAUGUAACACUUACCAUUCAACUGCUGAGGAACUUGCAGUUCAUAAAGCAGAACAUAAUCAGGUUCUUGAAUGUGUCAAAUGUCAGAAGUCAUUUCUAAGUGUCAAGCAGCUGAAAAGACACAUGACUGUUCAUGUUCCAUGCAAAGAUGAUGAAAAACAAUCAAACAAAGGUAUGAAUGAACAUCAGUGUCUCCUGUGUGGGAAAGUAUUUGGUUCUGAAUCAGCCCUCAGUCGUCACAGUAGCACACAUGCGCGCUCUGAAGGUCGUCACCAAUGUAAGGUCUGUUCCAGAAGAAUUGGAACUCGGGCUCAUCUCUCAGAACACAUGGCUCGUGUUCAUAAGAUUCAUAGUGACUCAAAGAAAAUGCAGUGUCCCAUGUGUGAUAGACAAUUUUGUCCCCAGCUUUCCAGCUUUCUCUUAACCUGUAAGUAUCUUGUGCUUUUAAGAUUCCUUUCAAUGUUCCAUAAACUAAGGGUGCACUUGAUUACCCACGGAGAGGUGAAACCCUUAUAUUCGUGUAAGGUUUGCAAUCGAAACUACUUGCGACCUCUCAGUUUACGGCGUCACAUGGCAACUCAUGACCAAAAUUUUGUGUGCAAAACCUGUAAUGAAUCGUUCCCCUCAGCUCGUCGUUUAUCACUUCACAGUCGGACUCAUGAUGCUUCAUAUAAAUCAAAGGUUCAGUGUCCCAAGUGCCCUUUGGCAUUUCCAUAUAAAAGCCAAUUGGAGGUCCACUUACGAACACACACUGGCGAAAAACCUUACGUAUGUGAAACUUGCGGGAAGUCCUUCAAACGGCUUCAGCAUUGCACAGUUCACCUCCGAGUGAUGCAUGGGAAUGAGAAGCAGCCUUGCAAAGAGUGUGGGAAGCUGUUUAGCGAUAAGGCUAAUUUACUUCGUCACCGCCUGAAAGUCCACUAUCAUCUUAAUCGAUGGGUUUGCGGUGUGUGUGCACAGAGUUUCGCGUAUUCAGAAGAUCUGCGUCGUCACUUGAUAACCUUAUUUUUAAACGUCUUGUCAUUACAACAAGAAGUGCAUGAGUGA